AUGGCUCUUACGGCUUCUAACUUCAUGGUAAUGGGAAGUGGUGAGGAGUCUAUCAGGCUGCAGUAUUGUAACCUCACAGACAGCAGCUGUUCAUCUCUAGCUGCAGCUCUCAGAUCAGACUCCUCCAGUCUGAGACGUCUGUACCUGAGUGGGAAUGAACAACUGGGUGAUUCAGGAGUGAAGCUGCUGUCUACUGGACUGGAGCAUCCAAACUGUAGACUGGACACACUGUGCCUGUGGGAGUGUCACCUCCCAGACAGCAGCUGUUCAUCUCUAGCUGCAGCUCUCAGAUCAGACUCCUCCAGUCUGAGGCAUCUGGACCUGGAUGGGAAUAAACAACUGGGUGAUUCAGGAGUGAAGCUGCUGUCUACUGGACUGGAGCAUCCAAACUGUAGACUGGACACACUGUGGCUGCAGGAGUGUAAACUCUCAGACAGCAGCUGUUCAUCUCUAGCUGCAGCUCUCAGCUCAAACUCCUCCAGUCUGAGACAUCUGGACCUGACUAUGAAUUAUGAUCUGGGAGAUUCAGGGGUGAAGCUGCUGUCUACUGCACUGGAGCAUCCAAACUGUAGACUGGAGACACUGAAGCUGCAGGGGUGUGACCUCCCAGACAGCAGCUGUUCAUCUCUAGCUGCAGCUCUCAGAUCAAACUCCUCCAGUCUAAGACAUCUGGACCUGAGUAAGAAUGAACUGGGUGAUUCAGGAGUGAAGCUGCUGUGUACUGGACUGGAACAUCCAAACUGUGGACUGGAGACACUGGAGCUGCAGGAGUGUAACCUCACAGGGAGAAGCUGUUCAUCUCUAGCUGCAGCUCUCAGAUCAAACCCCUCCAGCCCUCUGACAGAGCUGGAACUCUGGGGCAAUGCACUUAAUCAGUCUGGGGUGGAGCCGCUCUCUGCUCUACAGAUAGACCCUGCAUAUAACCUGACUACAAGAGCAAUGGGAGGAAGAAUUCCAAGACAGCAACGUUUCCAAAAGGCCACGCGAGCCAACGCCAUCGACGACACCGAGGGAUUUGAAAAAGACGUGCCCAAACCCACCGACUCCAAGUGCCAGCUCCGCAGUCAAGCCAACAGCAACAACAACUCAGGUAUCCAGUUUAAUUCUCUGUUCAAUCGCUCCAACUGGUAG